UUUUAUUACUCUUAUUAGGGAUUGAAUAAUUUUCUAUGUUGUGAUUUCGGCUACGACAGCAUGUGAUUUAAAUUGUUGCCAUUUAAAAUAUUUCUUUUAUAAUUAAUAAAUAUUCGUUAGUAUUCGAAUUAAAACCAAAAGUUCUAAAAUGGAAUCUAAACUAGCCAAUGGAUUAAAACUGUUGUACAUACCAAAAACAACAAAAAUUAGUUCUGGUCUUGGUGAUAGACUGCCAGAAGCAUAUAAAAAAUUCUAUAAAGAAUGGCGUCACAAAGUUCCAGAACCAGUUUAUUUCCAACCCAAAUCAGGAAAAUGGACUCGUGAUGAAAAAACCAAUGCAGUGAUUCCUGUCCAAAAUAUACCAAUUCCUUUAAAGUAUCCAAAAACAAUGCAUUUUGGUAUAUGGGGAGGAGAAGCAGUUAUUCAGGGUUUUAAGCAAAGUGGUAAAUAUAAGAGUCGUGUUCCUCACUUUUGGACUCCUACUCUUAAGAAAUCAGUUGUUUAUAGUGAAGUUUUAGAUAAAUACAUGUCUACAACAGUGACUGAAAGAGCAAUUGACUUAAUAAAUAAAAACUAUGGUUUAGAUCAUUAUUUGUUGAAAACGGCUGCAUGUGAUUUAAGAACCACUUUAAGCUUGAAAAUCAAACGUCAAAUUUUAAUGGCUCUAAGAGACAAAACAUUAUAUCCUGAUGAUAAUAUAAAACAGCAAACAGUUUAUAAUAAAUAUAAAGAUUACCUGAAGGAUUAUACUCAUGAAGAAAUAGAAUGGUAUGGAUUAACAUUUAAUGAGGCUUUACUUAAGUUACAAGAGAUGGAUUCUUUUAAGGAAAAAAAAGAGCCUUUGAAGACAAAGUAUAGAAUAGAAUUGAUUGAAGAGUUGAAAAAUAGUAGUCAAACACCUACAGAAGAAAAAACUAGUUGGCUAAAUAAACUCAACCCUUUUAAUUAGAAAAUAUUUAUUGUAGUGUAUUAAUGAAAAAAAGUAAAUAAAUAAUGAUAA